UCUCUCUCCUCUCUCUAUAUCUGCCUCUGUCUCGAGCGGCUUUAAUUUGAAAUUAUACGCGCACUUCGUGUCUUUCUCGCUUAUAUUAUUCUUCUUCCCCUUCAUUUAUUAUACCAAUCUGUCUCCCCCAUCUACUACUAUCCCCCAGUCGGCCUCGAAUCUCUCUCUCUCUCUCUCUCUCUCUUCCGCUGGGUUCGGUUGGUUCUUUUCCUUCGGCCCACUUCGUCAAAGUGGGGUUUUUUGAAUCGACCCUCCUAAAUCUUUCCGCAAUUCCUGAUUUGCCGAGGGCAGAGUGGUGGGCUCUUUGUAAAACUCUGUGAAAUCAGGGUUCCGAAUUUUCUCAAGCUGAAAGCAAAUUGCUUUUAUAAUCAGUUACAUAGGCUAGGAAAUCUCUACGAGCGAAAUGGCUUCUGCAAAUUCAUUCUUCGAUGAGAUCCGAAACAAACCUGAGGUUAUUGAUCCUCCUCAAAGCGAAGACAUGUUGGACAUCGGUGAAAGUGUGAAUGAUCCAAAGCAAAAUGCUGUUAAACCUAAUUUAACCGUCUCUAGCAGUGUCCGAGAGCUAUUAGAGUGCCCUGUGUGCUUGAAUGCAAUGUACCCUCCUAUCCAUCAGUGUUCGAAUGGCCACACUCUGUGUUCUGGUUGCAAGCCAAGGGUGCACAACAGAUGUCCUACUUGCAGGCAUGAACUCGGGAACAUCAGAUGCCUUGCGUUGGAGAAGGUGGCGGCCUCUCUUGAACUUCCAUGUAAAUAUCAGAGUUUUGGGUGUGUAGGCAUAUAUCCUUACUACAGCAAGCUGAAGCAUGAAUCACAAUGCGCCUUUAUACCCUAUAGUUGCCCCUAUGCCGGAUCAGAAUGCACAGUGAUCGGUGACAUUCCCUGUCUGGUUGCGCAUCUCAAAGAUGAUCACAAAGUUGACAUGCAUAACGGCAGUACCUUUAACCACCGAUAUGUCAAAUCAAAUCCACAUGAGGUUGAGAAUGCUACGUGGAUGCUAACGGUUUUUAGUUGCUUUGGUCAGUAUUUCUGCCUGCACUUCGAGGCCUUUCAGCUUGGAAUGGCUCCAGUCUACAUAGCAUUCCUGCGGUUUAUGGGUGAUGACAACGAGGCGAAAAACUACAGUUACAGUCUUGAGGUCGGUGGGAAUGGGAGAAAGAUGAUCUGGCAAGGUGUGCCUCGGAGCAUAAGGGACAGCCACCGCAAAGUCCGUGAUAGUUUCGAUGGCCUCAUCAUCCAACGCAACAUGGCUCUCUUCUUCUCUGGUGGCGACCGGAAGGAAUUGAAGCUUAGGGUGACCGGACGGAUCUGGAAAGAACAGUGAUGACGGGGUUAUUUCCAUCUGAUGCUUUUUAGAUUAUCCUGCUCUUAAAAGUUUAGAUUAGUUUGUUCGCGUAGUAGUGAUCAGCAAGUCUUCUUGGGCAUGUAUUUUUUGGAAUUUUAGGGGGCAAUGUCUCUUUGCUUGACUAUGCAUCAAAUACAUGAAUGGGAAGACAGCAAAUAUCGUAUAUUCCAAGCAGAAUGAAAGCGUGUUGUGUUGUCUUCCUUCUCUUC